AUGGCUGUGUCAGGACGUAUUGGGGACACUGAGGAAUACAGGGAGACAAUGAUGAAACUUGAACAGAAAAUAAAAGAGUUUGAUGGAAUAAUGAAAAGGGCAAAUGUCGAAGACAGGGAGAUAGAUACUUGCCAUGACAAAGCAUUACAAGAAAUUAUCAAAUUUCGGAAAGAAAUAAAUGAUCACUUAGAUCAACUGCAAAGGAAAAUUCAAGCAGAUAUUGACAAGAGGAAGUCAGCAGACAAACAAAAUCUCCAGGAAAUGAUCAAAUUAUGUUCCAACAUUUCUACAGAUAUCAGCAAACUUAAGUCAAACCUACAAGACAGCAAAGCUUCUCAACAGCAUGGACAACUUUACAUCAACAUUAAACAAGCUCAGUCGAAACUAAAGUCAGAUGACGUUCAAAAAGCAGAAGAAUCCUUUUCUCAGAUAUAUACACAAUAUAGAUUUGAACGCAGCAAAGAUCUAGAGAAUGCAAUAUCAAGGCAGGAAAUAUUUGGGAAGCUGAGUGACCCCACUAACCUAGCUUCUCCAAAAAAGAAGAAAACAAUGAAUCAAUUAACAUACAAAGAUGAUAUAGAUGUGAGCACAAUCUCAGACUCGAACAGCUGUAAUAUUAGUGGAUGUGCAGUCUUGUCCUCUCACAAAAUUGUGCUGGCUGAUUGGUAUAACUGUAAACUAAAAGUUGUGGACAGGCAAAGUAAAGUCGUGAUAGAAGAGAAGACAUUUGACUCCCAACCAACGGACAUUACCGUACUGCCUCGAGAUCAGAUUGCUGUAACAAUGCAAACUAAUAAAGAGAUCUAUAUAUUGUCAACAGCUGGAACAUUGUCAGUUGUCCGCAAGAUUCCAGAUACAGGAACAUGUACAGGUAUAACGUACCACCAAGAUCAUCUCUAUGUGCUUUGCCGGGAUCCUGACUGUGUACGUAUUUUAGACAUACAAGGUAAUGUUCAGAACACAAUUUCCCUCAAUCGUGAGGUAUUUAACUGCCCUAACUAUAUUGUGUUCAAUGAGGAUUCUAGGCUUAUCUAUAUAAGUAACUUUGUGACAGGUAAAGUAGUCAGCGUCACGUUACAAGGUGAUGUAUCUGCCGUAUACGAGUAUAAGGAUGUUGGGAGACCACGUGGAAUGUUGAUGUUAGAAGAUGGCUCAUUGCUGGUUUGCUGCUGGAACACUGGUAUCAUGCAUCGUAUCUCGGGAGACUUGAAGCAAGGUCAGACAAUGAUUGAUGGUCUGACAUACCCAUGGUCCAUAUGUUACAAUCAUUAUCAACAAGAAGUCUAUAUUGGUGGUACGAAUCAGCUGAAGGUGUUCAGUGUGUAA